UUGUAGUUUUCUCUGCCAAGUCUAUAUCCGCGUCUGAGACACGAGGACACUAAUGUUGAGGGAUAACGACAAGGUGAGACUGAAACGAUCAGACCUUAUCAGGAGAAUUGAGGAACAGCAGCUUCAAAUUGCUGAUUAUGAAAAUAAAUUGAAAGACUUGAUUCGCGCUUACAAGGGACUCAACGCUGAAAGGAAUGCUUUGCAGACAGCAGUUAAAGUUUUGGGCCUACAGCAAGAAACUACAACUAAUUUGCAAGGUGGAGCGUCUCUUCUUGGAGCUAAUGCAGAGGACGAGGAGCUUCCUGAGGAAAACCAAAUGGAGCAACUAAAAAGGUCUUUAAAAGUAUUAAUAACUGAAAAAAAUAGACAGGAAGAAGCUUUUCUGUAUGACAGAAAAGCUUUAUUGGUUGAAAAUGAAACUUUAAAGGAAAGGCUGACAAAGGCUGCUACCGAGACUGAGGCACAAGCUGAAAAGUUGGAAAAUAGUUUGUUGGAAUUACGAUCAAAAAUAAAAGUGAUAGAAGGAGAUCGUGAAAAAGAAUUGUCGGACCAUGGUUCUGUUCUGGCUGCUAUUCAACAGCAGUAUGCAAAAGAGUGCAUCAAUUCGGAGCAGCUUGAAAAACGGAUAUCCGAAUUAUAUCAAAAGUUGCAUGAGAAAGAAGAAGUAUCCAAAGUGCUCGAAAUGGACAUUGUUUUUUUGAAAGAAGAACUUAGCCGAACACAAAGUGAAAUAGAAUUUUGGCGGAAAAGAGCUAAGAAAACACCAUCUAUAAAAGUGUUGGAAAGUGAACUUAAAGAUGUAAAGGAAAGCAAUAAAAAUGAAAUCGCCGAACUAAAAAGAAAGCUGAUGGAGACUGUGAAUACAGAGAGGGAAAGCCGUCUACGUGAACUAGAACAAAGGCUUCAGGAAAUGUCGAUUGAAAUUGGCGAUUUUAAUAGAAUUCGCACAGAACUCCAAUAUAAAGUGGAUCAGCUGGAAAAAAAAAUAAGACUUUAG